CAUCAGGAAAGACGCCCUCCUUGUUCGAUAGGAUGCUGUGUGUGCAAGCACCGGGAAGGGUACAGCACAGGACACUGAAUGACCGGACACAAGUCUACGGCCAUGGAGUGCUCCUGGAAAGCGGUGCUCUUGCUGGUCGUGGCCUCGCUGGCCAUUCAAUAUACAGCCAUCCGGACAUUCAUCGCUAAACCAUUCACCAUCUGCCGCGUCCCCAAGCACACAGGCUGUGGUCCAAGUCUAGCCGCUUCCUGUGACCCCCAACCCCAGCCUGUCACCCACAUCUUAAUCCUGGCCACCACUCGCAGCGGCUCUUCCUUCAUCGGGCAGCUGCUCAACCAGCACUCGGACAUUUUCUACCUGUUUGAGCCGCUCUACCACGUGCAGACCACGCUCAUCAACACCAGCCUGAGGAGCCGGCACCCAUCCUCGCCAGCUGCCGAUGGCCGGCGCCUGCUGCUGGGUGCAUACCGCGACCUGCUUCGGAGCCUCUUCAACUGCCAGCUACACGACCUGGAGACCUACAUCAAACCGGCCCCAGACAAGCACCGAACCCAGCGGCUCUUCCGCCGAGGGGCCAGCAAAGCGCUGUGCUCGCCACCCGUCUGUGCCACUUUGCCGCCUGCCCUGGGAGGGGAGCUAGAGCAGGAGGGGGCGGCGGAGCGCUGGGAGGAAGGUGAGUGCGUCCGGAGGUGCGGCGCCCUCAACCUGACCCUGGCCACCCAGGCCUGCAGCCGGCGGCACCACAUCGCCAUAAAGACGGUGAGAAUCCCCGAGAUUGGCGACCUCCGCACUCUGGUGGAAGAUCCCCGGCUCAACCUCAAAGUCAUCCAGCUGGUGAGGGACCCCCGCGGCAUCCUGUCCUCGCGCAUUGACACCUUCCCCGAGAGCUUCCGUGCCUGGAAGAUCUGGCGCAACAGCGGGCGCAGACCCUACAACCUGGACGCUUCCCACCUCAGUGCCACCUGCGAGGACUUUGUCAACUCAGUGGGUACCGGGCUGGGGCGCCCCAGCUGGCUGAAGGGCAGGUACAUGCUGGUCCGCUAUGAGGACCUCGCCAGGGAGCCCGAGAAGAAAACGGAAGAGAUCUACCGGUUCCUGGGAGUCAUGAUGGACAGCAAUGUGCAGCGAUGGAUCCUCAACAAUACCCGAGGGGCCGGAGCCUCAGGCAACCACAAGUACGCCACAGUGCGGGACUCAGCCGCCACGGCCGAGGGCUGGAGGUUCAAACUUGGCUACGACAUGGUUGAGUUGGUGCAGAACCUUUGCAACUUGACACUGGCCCAGCUAGGUUACAGAAUGGUCAAUUCGCCCGAGGAGCUUAGAAACAUGUCUGUAAGUCUAGCCGAAGACAAGACCUUUCUACCUUUUUUGUAAUUAUAAAUAGUUUGUGCCAUUGAUAUAUUUUUGAUAUAAAAAGUGUUUUUAAAUUGUUGAAUUUUAGUUUCUCCCCCGACACGCUCACACACACACAUAUACUCUAGGGUUGCCAACUCUGGUUGAUUGUGUGCCUGGUUUAAAUAGGGUGACCACACACCCUUUGUUGGUUAUCAACACAUCCAGCCUCCCUAUUUCAGAAGUCAAAAAGACUCAUCGUUACUAAAUGCAAUGAUCCUUGACAGUAGCCCCAAUACAUUUAUACCUAAUAAAUAAUAUUCAAGGAAAAUUUAACAAAAAAUAUUUAUUUUCAAAGCCUUUGACUUUCUGCAGGGUUUGCCCAUACUGAUGCCUUGGAGAUCCAGGUCAAUCCUGGAGGGUUGGCAACCCUAAAAUACACACAAAUGCUUGAACAACCUUCCCUACAUAACUAAAUCCCAG